AGAACUUGCCUUUAUUAUGAAGUACACCUUUGGACUUGUGGGGUUUUUUCCCCAAAGCUCGUGCAUCACUGUCUGGGAUAACUGCAUAAAAUGAAAGGAUGAUUCCUGGUGAGAGGCAGUGUGUUCUAGGGAAGAGCAGAGCCGGAAUCCGCUGCCUCACUGUGUCCCUGCUCUGUCCACACCGGCAACUCAUGCAAAGGCAGGGUGAUCAUGCAGGUGAAAUGGGGGGAUUGGUGUCAAGUGCGUGGAACAGUACCUGGCACAUAGAAAACACUCUGUAAGGUUCAUGGGGAGAUUCAUGACAGUUCAUAAACUGAUCUGUUGACGACAAUGAAUGGGCAGGAGCCUGGGUACCUUUGUUCUCUCUGGGUCACUUAUGUUCUAGCUUCCUAAAAGCCUCAUUAGAGCACCUUGUAUUUAGAUAAACCAUUUCAAAAACACUCGCUUUUCUACUUGAGUCACCAGUUUAUGAAGUGCUUCUUGUGGUUUGCUGAAACCUAAAUCGGAGGCACAGCUUUUUGUUCUGCUUUGAUGGUUCGUAGGGAGAUAAGGCUGCAGAAGUAGGCUGGGGCUGGGUCAUGGAGGACUUUGAAUGUCAGUGUAAGGAGCCUCUCUCCUAAGGGUAAAGGGACCACUUGUCUUUCAGCAUAUUUGACAAUAGCAGCUGUAACACACCCGUGCACACAUGCACACACUACACGUACACACAUGUGCACAUGCACAAAUCACAUAUGUGGCUUAACACAAUACAACGUUCUUCCUCCCUUGUGCAAAGCCCACUGUGGAUGUUGCAAGUUGGGACACUAUUCUACCAGCGAAGAUUCAGGGAUCCCUGCUCCUUCCAUCUUGGGAGCUCCUCCUCACUCCCACCCCUAGCUCCAAUGGAGUUCCUGUUGUGGGUGUGGUCUUCCCACCCACUACACCGGCCUUAGGCAGAGCCUGGCACAGCUGGGAUCCUCACUGGGACUACAUUGCUGGGCUGCAGACUGCUCCAGAUUCCCCCCAGAAGCCCCUAAAUGUCCCUGAAAAGAUGAGUCACUGACUGUGCUUUCAGCUUCAAGCAGCCUUUGUCAAUCUCUCAAUCCCCAUAGAUACUGGGAAAAUCUAGGAAUAUUGUUCAGAACUCAGAGGGGUCUCCUGCUGCUGCUUUUUGUGGGGAGACAGGAUCCCUGAGUUGGGGUACCAGACAUCCUGGUGCCCCUGGCUUCAAGCAGCUGGUGGAUCUGGACGCUCAAAACUUGCCCUGGUCUGCAUGGCCUCAUCCUCUUGCUUGUCCCACUAUGAUGGAUCUCGCUUGCUCCGUAGAGCAGUGGCUUUGCAACCCUAGCCAGCACUGGGGUCGCGCGUGGACUUGUCAGGACACACAUUGCUGGGCUCCACCCCGAGUUUCUGAUUCUGGGGCGAGGAUUGAAAACUUGCUUUUCUAAUGAGUUCCUAGCAUUUUUGAUGCUGCUAGUCCUGAGACCAUACUUUGAGAACCGCCCCUCUAGAAAGUGCGAUCCCUCCUCAGGAAAGAACCAGGGCUAUUUUUGCUCCAAAAGCAGCCAUCCUGCACGCCCUCUUCAGUGCUUGGCAGGUGGCGAAUAAACCAAUCAGAAUGAAAGAAGGGAGCCAACCCAAGCGCGGAGUGAUGAACCUCAGAGGAAGAAACCCGCGUUCACCAGGCCCAGGCCUGGGCCAGGCGCUGUCCUGGCGGCGUCAGGGAGGACAUCGUGCCCAGAGCUCGGACCCGGCAGCCCGGCCCCGCGCCCUCCCUGUCCCGCGGCCCGCAGGCCCAGCCCUCAUGCGCCCAGCCUCCGCGGCCUUUGUGGCGUCACAGCCAGCCUGAAGAAUGGUUGCCUUGGAGACGUAAACCCAAGAGCCCUGCUCCUGGAGCUGAGAACUGCAGCGCGGAGACUUCGGAGCGAGCCGGGGCAGUCGGGGCCGGUGAGGAUCUCCUUUAGAAGAGGAGAAGCCUUGCAUCAACCUCUUGGGCCUCAGCCAAGAUGUCUGAGAUACUGUCCACUAUAGUCUCCAAGAACAUGACCAAUGACAAGAACAGCCUGGAAUCCAUGAACAUCAGCUCUUCCUCAAGCACUGAAGAGAACCCAAAGAAACAGGCAAGAAAAAACGAAGAUAACCUUCAAGAACAUGGUCCUCACCCUUCAGCGAAUCCUUUCCACUUAUCUGGGGAUGUGGAUUUCUUCUUGCUCAGAGAUCAGGAGCGGAAUAAGGCUCUCUCCGAGCGGCAGCAGCAGAAGACGAUGCGAGUGCAUGAGAAGAUGACCUACUCCUCGAAAGUGUCGGCUAAGCAUACCAGCCUGCGGCGGCAGCUGCAGCUGGAGGACAAGCAGGAGGACCUGGAGGCGCGCGCCGAGGCCGAUCAUCAGCGCGCCUUCAGCGACUGCACGACCUGGAAGCUCACUUUGACCAAAGAAAAGAAUGUGGAGCCUGAGAACAUGAGUGGCUACAUUAAGCAGAAGCGGCAAAUGUUCCUCCUCCAGUAUGCCCUGGAUGUCAAGCGGAGAGAGAUCCAGCGGCUGGAGACGCUGGCGACCAAAGAGGAGGCCAGGCUGGAGCGGGCCGAGAAGUCCCUAGAGAAGGACGCCGCCUUAUUCGACGAGUUCCUCAGGGAGAAUGACUGCAGCUCCGUGCAGGCCAUGAGAGCGGCUGAGAAGGAGACCAAAGCCAAGAUAGAGAAGAUCCUUGAGAUCCGGGACCUCACCACCCAGAUUGUUAAUAUCAAAAGUGAGAUCUCCAGAUUUGAAGACACUCUGCAGCAUUACAAGGUCUACAAGGAUUUCCUAUACAAGCUGUCGCCCAAGGAGUGGCUUGAAGAACAGGAAAAGAAACACUCGUUUCCCAAAAAGGCCAAGGAGGACUCCGAGGCUUACAAAGAGAGCAGUGUUAACUCCACACCAGGGGACAAAGGACCAGGGAUCAAGGGCAAGGCAAGCUCCAUGUGGGCCAAAGAGGGUCAGGGCACAAAGAAGCCCUGGAGGUUUCUGCAGACGAUGCGGCUGGGGCGGAGCCUGUCUUACCUGAGCAGCCCCCAGCAAGGCAGCCAGCCCAGCGAGUCCAGCGGUGGCGACUCCAGAGGGUCGAACUCUCCCAUCCCCCCCACACAGGAGGACACCGACAGCGAUGGGGAGGAACCACAGCUGUACUUCACGGAGCCCCAGCAGCUCCUGGAUGUCUUUCGAGAGCUGGAGGAGCAGAACCUGUCGCUGAUCCAGAACAGGCAGGAGAUGGAGGAGACCCUAGAGGAGCUGAGCCACACCCUGAAACACACCCAGAUCCGCAUGGACAGGGAGGUCAACCAGCUGAAGCAGUGGGUCACCACAAUGAUGACGUCCAUCACCAAGGAGGAGGACACAGCAGCUGAGCUGGAGCUCAAAGCCCGAGUCUUCCACUUCGGCGAGUACAAGGGCGAUCAGCAGGAUAAGCUGCUAGAGAGCCUAAACUGCAAGGUGCUGGAUGUGUACCGGCACUGCACUGGCACCCAGCAGGAGGCCAACCUGGGCACCGUGCAGAUGCUGACCAUCAUUGAGCACCAGCUGGAUGAGCUGCUAGAGAACCUGGAGCACGUGCCCCAGGUCAAGAUUGAGCAGGCCGAGAGGGCAAAGGAGAAGGAGCGGCGCAUCAGACUUCGAGAAGAGAAGCUCCAGAUGCAAAAGAUCCUACAGGAGGAGCGUCUGCAGCGGGCCCGGGCGCGCGCCCAGGCUGAGAACAAGAAGAAGAGAGGCAGGACACUGGUAUGCCGCUCACGACCCCCAGCCCACAGGAUCAAACAACAAUCUGAGCACACACUGAUGGACAAGGAGAAGGAGGAGCUGCUAUUUUUCUUUACUUAAUCUUCGCAGACCAUAGCUGUUCUGGCUGAAGGCUUAGCAAAGAUGUUGGCAGAGGAAGCAGAGACUGGGCUGGGUCUCAAGUGGCCCAACUGAGUCCUCUCUGUCUCCUGUGUGCUCCCUUCCUCACCUGAAUAAAUUCAUGUCUCUGGAGUCUUGAAGGCCUGCUUAAGGAUGCAGCCACCAUUGCCAAAUCUCAGCACCCCGCUGGUUCAUCAUUUAACCCUAAGCAGAUGCUUGAGGGCAAAAGCAUGACACCUUCGUUCCCAUCUAAAACAGCUGCUCUGUGAGACAAAAGCUAAUUCCACUCUGAGCGUAGUGCGAGAUCAGCCUCUGUGCAAAGCCCAAAAAAAUACAAGCAGGCAGCUGGGUAUAUGGCAGGGCCAGCACUACCAACUAAAGGAGAAACAAGGGGCUGAACACCAUAUAUGUAGCUACUUGAAUUAAGCCAAGGUGAAAAACCUUCCGUGCAUGACUGUAAGAAAACUUUCAUUCAUUUGCACUAGGAGUUAGGCCCAUCAUCGGCAGGGAACCUUGGUGCCCAGAACACUGGGUGCCAGUCCCAGUCACUUCACGGUGCUGUUCCCAGGGAGGCACAUGGGAGAAAAGUAGAGGCCGAGAGGGCAUUCCUGGGGGAAGACCCUGCUCCCCGAUGGAGACGGGGUGGGUGCGGCUCCACCCCCCAUGGUGGCCAAAAGCCUCCCAUGGAGGGAGGAGGACCUCGGGCCACCUUCGGGCUAAAGAGCCUGCCAGGUGGGCAAGUUCUCCCCUCGCCUUUAGUUGGUGACAGAGCGCCGGUCUGUGGAGAAGAACCAUUUGCCGAUGAGGUGUGGAUUCUUCCACGUGGAACAGUACCUGGGGACAGCACCUCAGAGUGGGACAAGACAGAGGGAGGACUCACUCAAACUUGGUGUCACCCCCAAAUUCAAGAAACAAACACAGGGCAGAGUUUGAAUGAUUCAGUCUGAAAACCAAAACAGCCUCUGAAUGAACACAUACUUCAAAAGGCACAAGGC